AUGGCGCGGUCAUGUCGGGGACUAUCGAUUCACACACUAGCUCACAUACCACUUCGGGGUGGUUAUCAGGCGCCCCGUGGAGUCCAGCAUAGGAGCACAACAUUAGCGAGGGUUUAUGCUUUGACGUCGGGAGAUGCCGAGGCUGCUGGAGACAUUGCUACAAGUGCCACCCAUUCCUUUGUAUCGUCAGGGCAUGUUAAAGUAGCUGGGGUGGAAGCACAAUUAUUAGAUGUUGAGUUGUUUGUAGCCUCGCAGACUGGAUCUACUGUGAGGUAUAGGAAGUUAGAUUCGCCUGCAACAAACAAACAUGAUGAGCUUGAUUUUGAGUUCUUGGGUGGCGGGGACAAUAACAAUUAUGUUUUGCAAACUAAUGUGUUUGCCCACGGCUAUGGAAAUAGAGAGCAAAGAAUUCGUCUUUCGUUUGAUCCCACGAAGAGGUUUCAUUCUUACAAAAUGCUUUGGAACUUGAAACAAAUAGUUUUUUUGGUGGAUGAUAUUCCAAUCAGGAUGUUCAAGAAUAUCCCGAGAUUGAGUUACAUUUCACAGCCAUUGCAGAUAAAAGGAACCAUAUGGCAAGCAGAUUGGAUAUUACCUCCCAAUACCAAAAUGGAUUGGAGGAAUGGACCCUUCAAAGCCCAAUAUGGAAGGUUUAACAUUAGUGGUUGCGGAGUUCUCAAUUGUCAGAAUUGGACACCCACUAAGGAUCAACAAAAGGCUUAUAAAAAUGUGAGACAAAAUCUCAUGGUUUAUGAUUAUUGCACUGAUCCAACAAGAUUCAAGGGAACAAUCCCACCAGAAUGCAAAUACAACCAAUAA